CACACUACAGUAAAUUGCACUGCAGGUCACUUAGGAGCUGGAAGUACAGUCUGUGUCUAUGUAAAAGAAUUCUUUGAACAUGCGAAAAAGCUCUGGGAUGAUGAAGGCGUGAAAGCAUGCUUCGAGAGGUCAAAUGAGUACCAACUGAUUGACUGUGCACAGUACUUUUUAGAAAGAAUCGACAGCGUCAGCAUGGAUGACUACACACCCACAGAUCAGGACCUAUUACGAUGCAGAGUUUUGACAUCAGGGAUUUUUGAAACAAGGUUUCAAGUAGAUAAAGUAAAUUUCCACAUGUUUGAUGUAGGUGGCCAGAGAGAUGAGAGAAGAAAAUGGAUCCAAUGCUUUAACGAUGUCACGGCUAUAAUCUUUGUUGUGGCUUGCAGCAGCUACAACAUGGUAAUAAGGGAAGACAAUAACACAAACAGACUACGGGAAUCCCUGGACCUUUUCAAAAGUAUCUGGAAUAAUAGGUGGUUACGGACCAUUUCUAUCAUUUUGUUCUUGAAUAAACAGGACAUGCUGGCUGAAAAAGUCUUGGCAGGAAAAUCAAAAAUUGAAGAUUACUUUCCUGAAUACGCGCAUUACACUGUACCUGAGGAUGCAACACCAGAUGCAGGAGAAGACCCCAAAGUCACAAGAGCCAAGUUCUUCAUCCGAGAUGAGUUCUUAAGGAUAAGCACGGCGAGCGGAGACGGCCGGCACUACUGCUACCCGCACUUCACGUGCGCCGUGGACACAGAGAACAUCCGCAGAGUUUUCAACGACUGCAGGGACAUCAUCCAGAGGAUGCACCUCCGCCAGUACGAACUCUUGUGAGGGGAUCGCCGUGGAACCUGUGGUUUUAAAUUCUUUGCUCCUUACUCUUUCUCUUGAUGCUACCCCACACAGGGUGGAAGAAUAUACUAUAGAAAUGUCAGUCUCUUCACUUGGUUUACUUUAAUUAUUUAACCUUAAAGCCGAUUUGAAGCGAGUUUGGGUUGGUUUUCCUUCAUGCUUUUUGGGACUAUUUUUGUGCUUUAUUUUGACAUGCCACUUCUUCGUCAUUCCACUAAGCCCUUUGGCUACCUCUGUUCCCUCGGGUUUUGUUGUUGUAAGCGAGCGCGACCCGCGGCGCGUUGCGGCGGGUCGGUGCCAGUUCGGAGCGGGAUGUUGGCCGGACGACGCUAAGUCGCGGCGCUCCCUCUGUGUGGGUUUCCUUUUUAACACGACAUUGAAGAGUACUUGAUGGGUGAAAAAGAUUAAUGCACUUUGUAUCAGGUUAUUAAAUACUGUCGAGGAAGUAGACACACAAUGUAGCAGCACCACAAUAUUUAUUACUCCGUCACAGUUUUUAGCGUUUCUGAGUUGCAGGUCAACUGAUACGGUGACCUCCUCUUUUAAGCCGUUACUGGCACGGGAAGUAGAGUAGAUACUGAGAGGAAUAGUGAAGACAAAGCAAUUUCUCUGGGGUUCCGGAGCUCAGCGUCUCUGCGCGCCUCGGGCGUCUGAAUCACAGCUCCUUUUCAGCCUGUCGCAUCUAGGCAGAAAAUUGACCGCCCUCACUUACGUUGUUUGUGCUGUCCACAAAUGAUCCUUUUCGUUCCGAUCAUUCUUGGACAACGGUCCUCUCCCUAUAUAUAUUUUUUUGUUUUACUGCUGGUUUAUUAUAUUGUACAGACUGUAAAAUGUAAUAUUAUUUUGUACAACUUUAUUGAAGAAAAAUACUUGUAGAAGAUCUUUGUGCCUUGAUUAUGGCUGUACCUGUAAAAUGAGCUAAGAUGUAAGUAUGUUUUUGAUUGCGCUGUACAGCUUGAUGUCAACCUUACCUGCAGCAGUGACUGGAGGUAAGAACUUUAUCUGUAGAGUUUAGGGGUUUUUUUCCGGUUUAUAUAAAAAUGCUCUUUAGUAUAAAAAUUAUAAAUUAUGCAAAUUAACCACUUACCUUUCCCAGUGAGGUGUUACCGUCACCGGAUGUUGCAGCAAACAUGCCUUUCUCUUUCGAAGUCUCAGCUUUAAAACAUUGGAAUUCAUUCGAGUGUCCAAAUCGCAACCUGGUGUUGUUUUAAUGGGAGCCGAGGAUUUAGUAUUAUUUUUUUCCUUUCUAUUUAGAAAAUACGUUCGGUAAUUCUUCGGUCGUUCAUAGAACUUCACAAUGGCACAGAGCGAUUGUGAACGUGCAAAGCACCAUUCUGUAGAGCUCUUCGAUCUUUGUACCAACAGCGGCUUUCAUUGUGCAAGUAAAUAGCGAGAAAGAAGACAAAAAGUUGUAUCGACCCUCGUGUCUGGCCUAAGAGAAUUACGAGAUGACAUUUUUAUUUCUCUUUUAAUAAAGAGACACGUCAGAAAA